AUUGAAGCUACCUGCCAUGCACCGGAUGCAUAUGGAUGCUACAAGGAGAUCUACAGAGUAUUGAAGCCUGGUCAGUAUUUUGCUGCUUAUGAGUGGUGCAUGACUGAUUCCUUUGAUCCCAAUAACCAGGAACACCAGAAAAUUAAGGCAGAAAUUGAGAUUGGUGAUGGUCUUCCAGACAUCAGGUUGACCAGACAGUGCCUGGAAGCUCUAGAACAGGCUGGUUUUGAGGUAAUAUGGGAGAAAGAUCUUGCUGUUGACUCCCCUGUCCCUUGGUACUUGCCUUUAGAUAAAAACCACUUCUCAUUGAGUAGCUUCCGUCUAACGGCUAUUGGACGCUUUGUUACUAAAAAUAUGGUCAAGGCUCUAGAAUUUGUGGGAUUGGCUCCAAGGGGAAGUCAAAGGGUUCAAGAUUUUCUCGAGAAGGCCGCAGAAGGGUUGGUUGAAGGUGGCAGGAAAGAGAUCUUUACACCUAUGUAUUUCUUCUUGGCCCGAAAACCACUUGCAGAGAGCCAGUAAUCCAAUGAUGCAGGAGCUAAUUAACCUAUUGCUCGCUGCUUGCUGCUUUCCUGGGAAGUUUGACAGAUAGAAUGUGGUAUAUCUUUUAAACAAUAGACCAUGCUAGGCAGCUUCCAAUUUGGUGACCUGCAGAUCUAUGUUUAGACCUUUGUGACUUCAGUUGUAUUUGAUAUCUUGUCAGCUCUCUCCUCAAUUUGGAAUGCUUCUCCUUUUAGUUAUUUGAUGAGCAUAUUUUCCUUCA